CCGGGCUCUCGCUGGAUAUUCAUGAGGGAGGCGGGUCGACGCCGCUGCACAGUCUGGCCGGCGCCAUGAAGCUCAACGUGGACGGGCUCCUGGUCUACUUCCCGUACGACUACAUCUACCCCGAGCAGUUCUCCUACAUGCGGGAGCUCAAACGCACGCUGGACGCCAAGGGUCAUGGAGUCCUGGAGAUGCCCUCAGGCACUGGGAAGACAGUGUCCCUGUUGGCCCUGAUCAUGGCAUACCAGCGGGCAUAUCCGCUGGAGGUGACCAAACUCAUCUACUGCUCAAGAACUGUGCCGGAGAUUGAGAAGGUGAUCGAAGAGCUUCGAAAGUUGCUCAACUUCUAUGAGAAGCAGGAGGGCGAGAAGCUGCCAUUUCUGGGGCUGGCUCUGAGCUCCCGCAAAAACUUGUGUAUUCACCCUGAGGUGACACCCCUGCGCUUUGGGAAAGACGUCGACGGGAAAUGCCACAGCCUCACAGCCUCCUAUGUGCGGGCGCAGUACCAGCAUGACACCAGCCUGCCCCACUGCCGCUUCUAUGAGGAAUUUGAUGCCCAUGGGCGCGAGGUGCCCCUCCCCGCUGGCAUCUACAACCUGGAUGACCUGAAGGCCCUGGGGCGGCACCAGGGCUGGUGCCCAUACUUCCUUGCUCGAUACUCAGUGAGGAGGCUGAUCCUGCAUGCCAAUGUGGUGGUUUAUAGCUACCACUACCUCCUGGACCCCAAGAUUGCAGACCUGGUGUCCAAGGAACUGGCCCGCAAGGCCGUCGUGGUCUUCGACGAGGCCCACAACAUUGACAACGUCUGCAUCGACUCCAUGAGCGUCAACCUCACCCGCCGGACCCUUGACCGGUGCCAGGGCAACCUGGAGACCCUGCAGAAGACGGUGCUCAGGAUCAAAGAGACAGACGAGCAGCGCCUGCGGGAUGAGUACCGGCGUCUGGUGGAGGGGCUGCGGGAGGCCAGCGCCGCCCGGGAGACCGACGCCCACCUGGCCAACCCUGUGCUGCCCGACGAAGUGCUGCAGGAGGCGGUGCCUGGCUCCAUCCGCACGGCCGAGCAUUUCCUGGGCUUCCUGCGGCGGCUGCUGGAGUAUGUGAAGUGGCGGCUGCGUGUGCAGCAUGUGGUGCAGGAGAGCCCGCCUGCCUUCCUGAGCGGCCUGGCCCAGCGCGUGUGCAUCCAGCGCAAGCCCCUCAGAUUCUGUGCUGAACGCCUCCGGUCCCUGCUGCACACUCUGGAGAUCACCGACCUUGCUGACUUCUCCCCGCUCACCCUCCUUGCUAACUUUGCCACCCUUGUCAGCACCUACGCCAAAGGCUUCACCAUCAUCAUUGAGCCCUUUGAUGACAGAACCCCGACCAUUGCCAACCCCAUCCUGCACUUCAGCUGCAUGGACGCCUCGCUGGCCAUCAAACCCGUAUUCGAGCGUUUCCAGUCUGUCAUCAUCACGUCUGGGACACUGUCCCCACUGGACAUCUACCCCAAGAUCCUGGACUUCCACCCUGUCACCAUGGCAACCUUCACCAUGACGCUGGCACGGGUCUGCCUCUGCCCUAUGAUCAUCGGCCGUGGCAAUGACCAGGUGGCCAUCAGCUCCAAAUUUGAGACCCGGGAGGAUAUUGCUGUGAUCCGGAACUAUGGGAACCUCCUGCUGGAGAUGUCUGCUGUGGUCCCCGAUGGCAUCGUGGCCUUCUUCACCAGCUACCAGUACAUGGAGAGCACCGUGGCCUCCUGGUAUGAGCAGGGGAUCCUUGAGAACAUCCAGAGGAACAAGCUGCUCUUUAUUGAGACCCAGGAUGGUGCGGAAACCAGUGUCGCCCUGGAGAAGUACCAGGAGGCCUGCGAGAACGGCCGCGGGGCCAUCCUGCUGUCAGUGGCCCGGGGCAAAGUGUCCGAGGGAAUCGACUUUGUGCACCACUACGGGCGGGCCGUCAUCAUGUUUGGCGUCCCCUACAUCUACACACAGAGCCGCAUUCUCAAGGCGCGGCUGGAAUACCUGCGGGACCAGUUCCAGAUUCGUGAGAAUGACUUUCUUACCUUCGAUGCCAUGCGCCACGCGGCCCAGUGUGUGGGUCGGGCCAUCAGGGGCAAGACGGACUAUGGCCUCAUGGUCUUUGCCGACAAGCGGUUUGCCCGCGGGGACAAGCGGGGGAAGCUGCCCCGCUGGAUCCAGGAGCACCUCACAGAUGCCAACCUCAACCUGACUGUGGAUGAGGGUGUCCAGGUGGCCAAGUACUUCCUGCGGCAGAUGGCACAGCCCUUCCACCGGGGAUGGCCCGCUCUGGAUUAUACUGACAUCUCCAAAUUCAAACAUCCUGUCCCUACUGGCUGUCAGGAGGAUCAGCUGGGCCUGUCCCUGCUCAGCCUGGAGCAGCUAGAAUCAGAGGAGACGCUGCAGAGGAUAGAGCAGAUUGCUCAGCAGCUCUGAGCGGGGCAGGUGGGGCCAUAAACGGUUCCUGGUGACUCCUGAUUCUUGCCUGGCCCUGGGUCCCAGCAGCUCUGAGGCCGCAGCGGGGGUGGUGCUGGAAGGUCUUACGAACUCAGGUAACAUUUCUCACUGUCACAUCCACAGCCUUUAAUCGCAGGAGAAGGCAGCUAUCCACCAAGUACCCAGAGGCAGCGGGGGGAUCCAGGAGAUCCCUCCCACACUGUUCCCAAGAAGCUGCAGCCAAUGCAGUUCACUGGACGUUAGUGGGGGCUCAGGUCCUGGGUACUGGCACUGAGGGUCCGAGGGGCCUUGUCCAGGUGCCAGCUGGGAAACUAGAGACAGGCACAGGGGAUGGUUGGAGGGGAGGUGAGGGGCAGGUGCUACUACAUCCACCUUCCAGCUCCAGGUCCAGCCUGGCAGCCAACUGUCCACCCCCCAUCGCCUCUACCCCAAGUAAAACCCAUCUUUGCUCCUGUCCUGGGUCUCUUCUGACACCAACCCACCACCUGCUGACUCCGACGCUGGCCCGACCUCCCUGCCUUUGCCUUAUCUCUGCGCCUACCCACAUGGCCCCCUCCAUUUUUGACCCAGAUGUCCCCCUCACCUGAGUCCCAGGAGCCCUUGGGGCAUCCACAUUCAGUGUGUUGAGUGACAUGGCUCUCUUCAUUCUGCAAAGGGGGCAGCAGGGAGGAAAUGAGUGAAUCCAGGAGUGGCCCCCCUCCACGAGAGACCUUUCCAGCACAGGGUUUGAUCUGUGUGUAUCACAGGGGAGAUGGGAGCCAUGGAAGGUUCUUGAGCAUGACAGGGGGUGGGGUGGGCUGUGGAUUCUGCUGAUGUCAGGGCUCUUUGCCGACCUGAUCAACACUCACCCGGCUGCCCCCGCCGCCCCCUCGCCUCGGAUACGAGAGACCAGCUUCUCACUUCCUCGCCUGAUAGACUCACGGAUCUUGGAGAGUGAGCUGCUGCGGCGAAGGGUCUGGGGAGGGGCCGGGGAUACUGCUCAGUCCCCCAAGUCUAUGCAGUCCCCACACCCACCCCAGGAGCCGAAGCACAGCCCGUCCUCACCUGUUCUGCGUCACCAGCUGUGCCUGUAUUGGGGGCACCUAGGGGGAAAGAUGGGGGACAUUGAGAUGGGGACACAGAGAAGCCACCAGGAGGGAAGGCAGGGGCUAGGGGCUCACCAAGAGGGGCGGGUAGGUCCUCCUUGUGAAGGAUUUCUUUGUACAGCUCUUCCGCUUGUUGGUACUUGUUCUGUUUCAGGUAGGCUGAGGCCUGCGGAGAAGGGAGUGUCUUGGGUGAUCUUGGCUCUAGUCUGGGAACUUUUCGGACCCCAGUUCCCAACACUGCAUCCAGUCCUGCUUUUUUUUGUUGUUUGUAGAGACAGGGUCUUAGUAUGUUGCCCAGGCUGGUCUUGAACUCCUAGCCUCAAGUGAUCCUCUUGCCUUGGACUCCCAAAGUGCUGGGGUUACAGGCGUGAGCCACCACACCUGGCCCCAGUCCCACUUCCUAAUGUGCUGACCUGGCUGUAUCCCUCCCCUGCCUAAAGCCUUGCCCUGGGGCAGAGUGGGCUUGGAGCUUGGCCCUACUUCCUGCGCAGGGGAUGGAGGGCGGGCAGCCUCCUGUUUCCGCGCCUGUCUGUCCUACUUUGGGCUGGUGGCAUGGCCUCUGUGCCUGUCUUCUCACGAAAAGUGGAGCGACAGCUCCCACCUCACAGGGACUCUAAGAACUAGCAAUGUGGGGACCGGGCUAAGAGGGGAGCCGGCCACAGUGAGCUCAAUAAAUUUUGUCUGCUGCUGCCA